AUGCCGCUGCUCGUGGCAGAUCCCGUCGGAACCCGGCGCGCUGCUCCGCCGGCAGCCCGGGAAGCCAUUUCUAUGCAGAACGCGAUUUUCCAGUUUAGGUGCAGUAACCGGACGCAGUGCGCCGUCGUGGCGGGCCCUGACGUCUUCCCGGACCCCUGCCCCGGCACCUACAAGUACCUGGAAGUGCAGUACGAAUGCGUCCCUUACAAAGUGGAACAAAAAGUUUUCCUUUGCCCCGGCCUGCUCAAAGGAGUUUACCAGAGCGAGCACUUGUUCGAGUCGGACCACCAGUCCGGGGCUUGGUGCAAGGACCCUCUGCAGGCAUCGGACAAGAUCUACUACAUGCCCUGGACGCCGUACCGCACGGACACGCUCACGGAGUACUCCUCCAAGGACGACUUCAUCGCCGGCAGGCCCACCACCACCUACAAGCUGCCGCACCGCGUGGACGGCACGGGCUUCGUGGUGUACGACGGCGCCCUCUUCUUCAACAAGGAGCGCACCAGGAACAUCGUCAAGUUCGACCUGCGCACCCGGAUCAAGAGCGGCGAGGCCAUCAUCGCCAACGCCAACUACCACGACACGUCGCCCUACCGCUGGGGCGGCAAGUCGGACAUCGACCUGGCCGUGGAUGAGAAUGGGCUGUGGGUGAUCUACGCGACGGAGCAGAACAACGGCAAGAUCGUCAUCAGCCAGCUGAACCCGUACACGCUGCGCAUCGAGGGCACGUGGGACACGGCCUACGACAAGAGGUCGGCCUCCAACGCCUUCAUGAUCUGCGGCAUCCUCUACGUGGUGAAGUCGGUGUACGAGGACGACGACAACGAAGCCACGGGGAAUAAAAUAGACUACAUAUACAACACGGACCAGAGCAAGGACAGCAUGGUGGACGUGCCCUUUCCCAACUCCUAUCAGUACAUCGCUGCCGUGGAUUACAAUCCCCGGGACAACCUCCUGUACGUGUGGAACAACUACCACGUGGUGAAGUAUUCCUUGGAUUUCGGACCGCUGGACAGCAGAGCAGGGCAGGCUCACCACGGGCAGGUUUCCUACAUUGCCCCGCCAAUCCACCUGGAUUCGGACGUGGAGAGGCCGCCGUCUAAGGGUGUCGCGACGUUCCGGUGCCUGGCACCCGAUGGCGUCUGGGACCCCCAAGGACCGGACCUCAGCAACUGCUCUUCUCCCUGGAUCAACCACAUCACGCAGAAGAUGAGGUCGGGGGAGAUGGCUGCCAACAUCGCGAGGGAGCUGGCGGAGCACACGCGGAGCCACCUGUACGCCGGGGACAUCACCUACUCCGUGGCGGCCAUGGUGCAGCUGGUGAACCUGCUGGACGUGCAGCUCCGCAACCUGACGCCCGGCGGGAAGGACAGCGCCGCGCGCAGCUUGAAUAAGCUUCAGAAAAGGGAGCGCUCUUGCAGGGCCUAUGUCCAGGCCAUGGUGGAGACGGUGAAUAACCUCCUGCAGCCUCAGGCCCUCAGCGCGUGGCGGGACCUGACCACCAGCGAGCAGCAGCGGGCGGCCACCAAGCUGCUGGACACCGUGGAGGACAGUGCCUUCGUGCUGGCCGAUAACCUGCUGAAGACGGACAUCGUCCGCGAGAACACCGACAACAUCCAGCUGGAAGUCGCAAGACUUAGCACGGAUGGGAACCUCGAGGAUCUGAAAUUCCCCCAGAACCUGGGCCACGGGAGCGCCAUUCAGCUGUCGGCAAACACCUUGAAGCAAAACGGUCGCAACGGUGAGAUCAGGGUGGCUUUUGUGCUGUACAACAACCUGGGGACCUAUCUGUCCACGGAGAACGCCAGCAUGAAGUUGGGAACAGAAGCUAUGUCGACGAAUCACUCCGUCAUCGUCAACUCCCCUGUCAUCACGGCAGCAAUAAACAAGGAGUUCAGCAAUAAGGUCUACCCGGCCGAUCCCGUGGUGUUUACUGUGAAGCACAUCAAGCAGUCAGAAGAAAACUUCAAUCCCAACUGUUCCUUCUGGAGCUACACGAAGCGGACGAUGACGGGGUACUGGUCCACCCAGGGAUGCCGCCUGCUGACCACGAACAAGACGCACACCACGUGCUCCUGCAACCACCUCACCAAUUUCGCCGUCCUCAUGGCACACGUGGAAGUUAAGCACAGCGACGCGGUGCACGACCUGCUCUUGGACUUCAUCACGUGGGUUGGCAUCCUGCUGUCGCUCGUCUGCCUCCUGAUCUGCAUCUUCACCUUCUGCUUCUUCCGCGGGCUCCAGAGUGACCGCAACACGAUCCACAAGAACCUGUGCAUCAGCCUCUUUGUGGCAGAGCUCCUCUUCCUCAUCGGCAUCAACCGGACAGACCAGCCGAUCGCCUGUGCCGUGUUCGCCGCCCUCCUGCACUUCUUCUUCCUGGCGGCCUUCACGUGGAUGUUCCUGGAGGGGGUGCAGCUCUACAUUAUGCUGGUGGAGGUGUUCGAGAGCGAGCACUCGCGCAGGAAAUACUUCUACUUGGUGGGCUACGGCAUGCCGGCCCUCAUCGUGGCCGUCUCGGCGGCAGUGGACUACCGGAGCUACGGCACAGACAAAGUAUGUUGGCUCCGGCUUGACACCUACUUCAUCUGGAGCUUUAUAGGACCGGCCACCUUGAUAAUUAUGCUUAAUGUGAUCUUCCUUGGCAUCGCUCUCUAUAAAAUGUUUCACCACACUGCCAUACUGAAACCUGAAUCCGGAUGUCUUGACAAUAUCAACUAUGAGGAUAACAGACCCUUCAUCAAGUCCUGGGUUAUAGGUGCAAUAGCCCUACUCUGCCUACUAGGACUGACCUGGGCCUUUGGACUCAUGUAUAUUAAUGAAAGCACAGUCAUCAUGGCCUAUCUCUUCACCAUAUUCAAUUCUCUGCAGGGAAUGUUUAUAUUCAUUUUCCAUUGUGUCCUCCAGAAAAAGGUCCGUAAGGAAUACGGGAAAUGCCUGCGCACUCACUGUUGUAGCGGGAAAAGUACAGAGAGCUCCAUCGGCUCGGGAAAAACCUCGGGGUCGCGGACGCCUGGAAGAUACUCCACAGGCUCACAGAGCCGGAUUCGUAGGAUGUGGAAUGACACAGUUCGAAAGCAGUCCGAGUCUUCCUUUAUUACUGGAGAUAUAAACAGUUCAGCUUCACUCAACAGAGGAGCCAUGGCUAAUCAUCUUAUAACCAAUGCUCUGCUUCGUCCUCAUGGCACUAACAACCCUUAUAAUACAUUGCUCGGGGAAUCGGCCGUCUAUAACAACCCUUCUGUCAGCAUGUACAACGCACAAGAGCCCUACAGAGAGACAAAGGGGCUUCUGAACAAUGCCAGGGAUACAAGUGUCACGGAUACUCUACCACUGAAUGGUAAUCACGGCAACAGCUACAGCAUCGCCAGCGGCGAGUACCUGAGCAACUGCGUGCAAAUCAUUGACCGCGGGUACAACCACACCGAGAACGCCCUCGAGAAGAAGAUCCUGAAGGAACUCACCUCCAACUACAUCCCCUCCUACCUGAACAACCACGAGCGCUCCAGCGAACAGAGCCGCAACCUGAUGAACAAGCUCGUCAACAGCGUGGGCGGCGAGGACGACGCCAUCGUGCUGGACGACGCCACCUCCUUCACCCAUGAGGAGGGCCUGGGCCUGGAGCUCGGCGGCCGCCCCGCUGCUGCCGCCCCGCGUGUACGCGGCGGAAAACCACCAGCCCCACCUGUACGCCCGGCGGCGCAUCCCGCAGGACAACAGCGAGAGCUUUUUCCCCUUGCUGACCAACGAGCACACGGACGAGCUGCAGUCGCCCAACAGGGAUUCUCUCUACACCAGUAUGCCCGCCCUGGCCGGCAUGCCCGUGACAGAAAGCGUCACCGCCAGCACCCAGACCGACCCGCCGGCGGCCAAGAGCGGUGACGCUGAUGACGUUUACUACAAAAGCAUGCCAAACCUGGGCUCCAGGAACCACGUCCAGCAGCUCCACACGUACUACCAGCUGGGGCGAGGCAGCAGCGACGGUUUUAUAGUCCCGCCAAGCAAAGACGGGCCGCCCCCGGACGGCGCCUCCAAGGGACCCGC